AUGCCACCUAAGAAAGCUGCCGUCCCCGCCAAGGGUGGUAAGGACAAGCCCGCAAAGGCCAAGUCCGGAGGAAAGGCCAAGAAGAAGAAGUGGUCAAAAGGAAAAUCCAGGGAUAAGCUGAAUAAUGCCCCUCUCUUCGAUAAAGCCACCUACGCUAAGUUAGUAGAAGAGGUCCCUAAAUACAAACUCAUCACACCUUCCAUAGUAUCAGAGCGACUGAAAGUCAGAGGUUCUCUCGCCAGAUUCGGACUGAAGGAGUUGCACGAUAAGGGUUUAAUCAAGUUGGUGGACAAGCACGGAUCCCAAGUUAUUUACACCAGAACUUCCAAUGAGGGACAAGAAGAAUAG